UGGAGAAUAACCACGCGAACAAACAACUUCUACACGACGAACGUUAACGGACGAAUUGAAGUGGCCUGGUAUCUUUCUGCUUCGUAGAAAACCUCGGGGGAAGGCGAUGGCCCAAACCCAUGGCUACGGCACACGACCACGGUGAGCCAUCCUCCCACUCUCCGACUCCCUACGUGCGGCUGCACGUUACUCCUCUCGACCACGAGCUGCUCCAAGUCGUCCUGCCAUCCACCCUCCUCCCCAAAGCCCGCAACGUCUCGUACCACACGAUCGAGACCUUUCCAGAAAAGCGAUACGGCUUUCUAGAGCUUCCAAGUGAGGACGCAGAGAAGCUCAGGAAGAAACUGAAUGGCUCAAUUCUGAAGGGCGUCAAGAUUCGUAUCGAGCGCGCGCGGCCAUCCGGUAUUCCCGCUCCGCUUGGUCAGGCCGCGAUGGCCAAGGAAAAGACAGCCAAGAAGGCUGCGGAUGGCAUUUCGGCGCUAAAAGACAAGAGCAAGAAGAGGAAACGUGGCGCGGAGGAGCUCGGCGGCAUUGUCCUAGGCGAUGGUAGGAAGGUCAAACGGGGAUGGACCAGCGCCGAGGAACCGAAGGAGAAGAGGUCAAAAAAGAACAAGGAAAAGAAGCGCAAGGAAGGGAAAAAACAGGCCAAGUCCAAGUACACCGAUCAUGCCGAGUGCCUGGUCAAGACGAUGUUGCCUGCAAACGCCAUCCUGACGACUGACGCCGGCCACUCACCCCCGGCUAAGAAGAAGUCCAAGGCCCGCGAGGUUGUGGUCCACGAGUUCGAGAGAACCACCAAGUUUCCGACCUUCCUCAAGGCGGUAACCCCUGCCGGUCGCUCAGACGCCUCCUUGGAGUUUGUGGAUGGGAAAGGUUGGGUUGACGAGAAUGGGGUCGUGGUGGAAACUGUGAAACCCAGACCGGUUCCGAGCGCUAAGGUCUUGCUUUCAAGUCAACCUCGCCGCCCAACAAACGUUGUGGACAAUGCGAGCACAACUACAAGCAGGGCUGACGGUGAAGCUACUGGCAAGUCGGACGCAGACGGCAUCGCGCCAGAUCCGAAGCCUGGCCCAUAUUCUGCAGUCGCAAAGUCGGAUCUCUCCACGCCUUCACCCACAAUCAAAUCCGAAGCCCUCCGUCCCAAAUCCUCCGGUUCAGCAAAGAGCCUAUCUAUCAAAAUACCUCCAACAACCCCCAACGCCCCGAAAGUGCAUCCCUUGGAGGCGCUAUACAAGCCUCCAGCACAACUGGGUGGCGGAACCUCCAAUGCAGCAUCCGACACGCCGCAAGGCUUCACCUUUUUCUCGAAUGGCAACAAUGAUAGCGCAGAAGAUGAGGAUGGCCCAGACCUCGCGGAUGCCUCCGACACUCAAGUGCCCCUCACUCCGUUCACCCGUCAGGACUUGGAGCUGCGUGGCAUUAGAAGCGCCGCACCCACCCCGGACACGGCACACCCCAAUCGGAGAUUCCCACCAUGGGAGCCUGAAGGGCGUGAAAAAGAACUGAAUGAUGACCAGCUCGCUCAUGAAGAUUCUGAUGAAGAGGUGCAGGGCAUGUUGGGUCAUGUAGCGCCCCGCAUGGAAGAGAACGAGAAGCAACCGACGGGCAACUUUCAAGCUUGGUUCUGGGAGCAUCGAGGCGACCUAAAUCGGGCUUGGAAAAAGAGGAGAAAGCUCGCAGGCAAGGAGAAGAGAUACAGAGAAAACAAGGCUCGUAUGGCCCGGGCAAUCUAGCUGCUA